AGCCUGUUGUGACAACAACUGCAGCAAGGUUGCACGACCAGAGGGGGCCCCGCCCAACGGGGUGAAGUGUCACUACUGCUCUGGGAGUAGGUCGGCCCCGUGUGACUCCCUCUCGGUCAUGAGCUGCACCGGACACCAGACGGUGUGUGUCACCCUCCAAGGCACAUGGACGCAAGGGGGCCCCGCAGUGCUCAGGGGCUGCGCCACGCCAGCGCUGUGCAACCUGCGAGUGAACAGCACCCUGGGCCCCGAAGCCUUUGGGUUUCAUCUCACAGCCCCGCCUGAAUGCUACGCCGAGGAUCCAACCACCCAGCCAGAUCCCCGAGCAACUUCGACCCACAGACACACACACAGCAAGGCUACAGGCACCACCUGUUUCACCUGCUCAGACAGCGACCACUGCCACCCGUUCUCCUGCCCGGCAGAGAGGAGCUAUUGCCUCCAGACGGCGGGCAUCCUGGCCUUAGGGGGCGGGGACACUGUCUCCUGGAGAAAUGGUUCCUGCGUGGCCGCCGAGGACUGCAGAUUUGACCACCCCAUCUCUGCCCUGACCUACAGCAUCGGUCUUGGCUUCUGGGUCAACACCACCUGCUGCCAAGGCAGCUGCCAGGAGCCCACUCCUCCGGCCACGCUGCCCGCCUCACCCACCCUGAGCAAGUUCCUGUGUCCCACCUGUGCCGACGGCCACGGGGGGCGCUGCAAUUCCUCCUUGUACAUGCAGUGUCCCCGUGGGGAGACCACGUGUGUCCAGCUGGACCUGGUGUCUGAAGAAGGCGGCGGGAACCUGACCGUGCGGGGCUGCGGAUCCCGCGACCUGUGCAGCGCCCCCGACGGGACGGAGGGGCUCCGGGCGCUCCCCGGCCUCCGGCUGGCCGGCCGGCCCGACUGCAGCUCCAGCAAACGCGCCGUCCUCGCCUCCACGUGCUCGUCGGGGGCGGCGCCGGGCCCCCGCCUGGCCCUGCCCGCGCUGGUGGCGCUGGUGGCGCUGGUGGCCCGGGCCCUCGCCUAGCACCCCGCCCGCCCGCAACCCGCCUGCACCCCGGCUCCCCUCUACUGGGACUCGCCAGGGGCCAGAAGCUGGUGAGACUGCAAGGGGCGAACCUCCUCCCUCAGGCUGGGGCUCAUCCGGGCCGGGCCUCCUCCCCCAGGCUAGGCUGCCUUUCUUCCUCAGCUUAGAGACACCCCAUGGUCGCGCAUUCUCCUCCACGUGGCGGGUGAGAGGGGGGCGCGUCACAGACUAGGCCUUCUUCCUCCAGGGAGACCCCCCCCCCCAACACCAGGCUACCCCGCAGGCUGGGUCUGUGCCUUUUCUCCCGGACACUGGGAAACAGCCUCCCUCUUCAGGGUCUAGCCAAGUCCUGGGCAGCCAAGGUGAGGCUUGAGGACCCAAUACACCCCUUUCCAGGCAUUUUCAGCAUCCUACUCCACCCCACCACCGGCCCCUUCUGUCUGGGCUCAGUUCCCUGCUGUCCUCAGAUUUGAAUGAAUCUCAUC